UGUACAUUGACAAGUGUUUCUAGACAGUGUUUUCUUGAGAUAACAUAUUCUGUGCUCUGAUGGAAUUAGAGGGACAUUCCUGCAUAACCAUUUUAAUGAAACAAAAAUGUAGGCAGGUGCUUAACUAACUCAGCAUAUGCCACAUUUCCAUUGUCUUCUUAUUUAUUUACUUUUAAUUUAGGCUACCUCUCAUUAGGUUCAGCUCUGGGUUGGCUAUGUAAUCUCAUUUCAGGUGGAACAUAACUUCAUUGUUUACUUCAUUGAAUGUUUACUUUAACCUGAUUUUCCUAGUAUAUUUUGUGUAUAUAACUGUCAGUUCGUCCAUGUUAAACAUGUCUUUGAAAUGUACACAUUGAAAUUCAGGGUAUGUACUCUUUCUUGUAUGCUGAACUGUACUUAUGACGUGACAGAGUUUGAGUCUUAGCAGAACCUGUUUGGGUGCAUGCCAUUGUGCCCUUUUAUUGCUCUCUCUCUCUCUCUCUCUCUCUCUCGCUCUCUCUCUUUCAUUCUUUUUCUCUGAGAUCAUGAUGUUUAGAGAAUAUGGUUGAGCGUGGGUGUUUGUGGAGGUGGAGGAGGGUGUUUUUUCAAUCGAAGUAAACCCUGCAACUUGCAUGGCACCUCUUCACACAGCCAAAGAGUGGUUAUGUUGUGAUUGGCACAAAAACAAUUCCUUUCAGAGUCUCCGAAGGCCAAACACCCACCUCACGCUGAAAAACGGGCAUUCUCUGGCUGACAUUCUGCCUUUGAAGCUCUGAAUGAAAAUGUCCUUCACAAGCUCUUCAUUACUCUCGAAAGCCAUAUAAACCCUAAAGUAAAGGGGCUGAAAGCUUUUUGACGCCUGUGCAUCGUGAUGUUUUGUCAGACAGAAGUUUCUGUCUCACAACAAUGUCUUUUUGGAAAAACAUACCAAACUUUCCCUGCUCUUACUGAUAAUGCUAAGACCAGGAAGUAUGGUUUCAAUAUAGCUCACUUGCCCUUUUAGUUGAUAACUGCCUCACAUGCUUUUCAUCUUAUCGCUGUGCCUUCAGGUAAUUUCUUCAGGUAGUCAUUUAUUUUCAAUGCCUCAGAACUCUCUAGGACAUGCUGUUCUUAAGUUGCCAUUUCAUGGUGAAAUGUGUUUGCCAGGGAAUGGCCUCUACCAUCGGUCUCCUGCCUGAGAAACACUUCCUGUGCUCUCUGUGCGAGCACAUAUUCACCAAGCCCGUGACCAUUCCCUGCGGCCACAGUUUCUGCAAGGUGUGCCUGCGCAAAUACUGGAAUCAGGCCGGGACUGAGCGCUGCCCGUCCUGUAAGAGGGCCUUCGGGUCACGACCCCACCUUAGCGUCAACCGCAUCCUGGCAGACGUUAUCGAGAACUACAGGACGACACGACAGGCGGCCAAACAAGAGGGCCACAGCGAGGACAAAACUGAUAAGACCGCAAAGGAACUGCAGCAGAUGAUUCAGGAGCGGCUACAGAAGGUGGAUAAGCUGAAGACCUCCCUGCAACUACUCAAAAGCUCGUGUCAGAGAGAGGUGCAGGAGAGCAACCGUGUGUUCAGCGCCCUGGUCAGCUCCAUAGAGCAGAGCCAGAUGUUGGUGGUGGCGUCAGUGGAGGAGAAGGAGAGGCACGCCGAGAAGCGCGUGAGCAGGCUGGUGAGGGAGCUGGAGCAAGAGAUCCGAGAGCUGCGCGAGGGGAAGGCCAAUCAGGAAGAGCCGCAAACAGAGAUGAAGAGAUGGAGUUCACGCAUUACCCUAGAAGACCGAGAGAUGAGGGACUGGUCCAGGGUUUCCCUGGAGACGGACCCAUGCGUGGGUGUCACCAGGAGGGCGGUGCUUGACCUGGUGGACAAAGUUCUGAUGGAGGCCAAUAGACUCACCAAAUCAGAGCUAAAAAGACUUCAAAAAUACUCAGUGGAUGUCACUCUGAACCCCCAGACGGCCCAUGCCUACCUUAUCCUUUCAGACGACAGGAGGCAAGUCAGACAUGGUGACAAGCGGCAGGAAAUCCUCGAAAGCCCUAAAAGGUUUGACCGCAUGACCAACGUCCUGGCCAAGGAGAGCUUUCUCUCAGGCAGACACUACUGGGAGGUGGAGGUGGGCAGCAAAACCGAGUGGGACCUGGGUGUGGUCCGCCACUCGGUCAACAGAAAAGGGAAGUUCACGGUCUGCCCGGCUAAUGGCUUCUGGACCGUGAGCCUGAGAAAUGGGUGUCAGUACGUUGCCAACACAUCGCCGCCCACCUCCCUGGCUCUGCGCCACAAGCCGAAGAGGAUUGGCGUGUUCGUGGACUACGAGGAGGGAAGGACAUCCUUCCUCUGCGUGGACAGCGGCGCCCACAUCCACACGUUCAUGGACGCGUUCACAGACAGGCUCCAUCCUUUCUUUGGGCCUGGGAGGCCUCAUGGAGGAAAGAACACAGCUCCUCUUACUGUCACCAGCAACUGCUGCAGCAUCUGAAUAGUAUGUAGCCUUCUACAAAACCCAAAAAACUAUAUAUUCGACUAAUCUCUCUGAUUGCACAAAAAAGCUCACCUGUGUGUGCCUGAGAUACAUUCCUUGUGAUUUAUUUAUAUCUGAUUCAAGUAUUGAAUAUAUGCCACCUAGUCAUCUAAAAUGUGAAUAAAUAUGAUAUAAUUUGCA